AUGGCCUCCUUUUCACGAGACACUCGAAGUGCGGUGAGAGCUCACCGUCGAGACUCGUCGUCGUCAUCACACAACACCAGCCGUCAACGACCACGACUUCUCCGCUCCAGCGCGACUGAACCCUCAAUCACCACAUCCAAUGCCAUCCGCGGAUCACUCGCUGGACCUGGAUCGCCGCAGAAAGCAACUGAUCUGCUCAGCCGCGUUGUCGUCUAUGCCCCGCCUCCAGAGCAAUCAUCAGCCCCAGAGCCGAUCCCCCACCGCGCCGAAGCUAUUGUCAUCUGCCGCGAUGAUCGAGACCAGUCUCCCACCGGCAGCCCCGGAAGUCAAGACGUAGUCUUGGUUGACUCGCCCUCUGGUUACUACUUCAGCUUCCCUAGCUUUGAGGAGUGGAAUAGGGACAAGUCCGAGGACAUCGACAAAGACUCGGAUGAUUGA